CCACCUCCGAUCAUCUCUCUUACUCGAGAAUGAGAGUCGUCUCACGCGGCCCAUACGCCAAACAAGCCUGCGUGCGAUGCAGAACUAGGAAAGUCAAGUGCGAAUGGGAGAGCAAGGAUAACAAGCUCCCCAACGCCACUUGCAGACAGUGCCGCGAGGCUAAGAUCGAUUGCCGCUGGGGUCGCGAACACAUCAAAGGAGUCAACAUCACCAGAGAACAUGUUCAACAUCUCCAAGACAAGAUCGUGCUCCUCGAGACAGAGCUGGAGCGCUGUCGUUCAUCUCAUUCGAUCCCCUCGACAAGUCAAUAUUACGCCGAUCCGGGCUCUCCUGAAUCUGACGGAACGCUUGUGAAAUCCGAGAGUGAUGACUCUGACGUUGAGCAGUUGUGUGCUCCCACCCAACAUCUUCAUAUUCACGAUGACACCCUGCAGUUCUGGGGCCCGACCUCGAUCUUCAGGUUCGUGAUGCCGGGGCCGUCCCGAUUUUACAAUUCAGGCAGCGCGGCGGGCCCGCACCGCUUCUCGUCCAUCGCAGGCAGUCUAGGGCCCGAUAUCGAAUGGAAUCGAUAUCUGCCCAAGGACGUGACUCUCUCGCGAACAGAACAUGACAGGCUUCUCGACCUUCUGUUUCGUUUCUUCACGUCCUGGUGCAUGAGAGUCGUCCCAGAGCUGUUCCUCCAUGACAUGCACCAAGUCUUGAGCCGAUCGCCCUCCAAUGUAGCAUCGAGAACCGCUCAUUACUCUCCCAUGCUGCACAAUUCGCUUAUCGCAGUGGCGACGGCGUUCUCGGAUGACCCGAUGAUCAAGGCCGAUGAGGUGCGGAACAAGUUUGCUGCCAAGGCGAAAGAAUCCCUCGAACAAGAAUGCGAGAGACCGCACCUGAGCGCCGUUCUCGCCUUGUCCAUCCUUGCCAACUUCCAUUCCUCGCGGGGGGAACAGUCGCUGGGGUACAUGUAUUUCGGGAUCAGCGCCCGGGUGUCACAGGCCCUUGGUGUAGGUCUAGACUGCUCUUCCUGGGUAGAUGCGGGCAAGAUUACUCCGGAAGAGAUGCAAGACCGAAAUUGGGUUUUCUGGACCACUUUCUGUCAGGACACAACCUGGUCCCUCUAUGUCGGCCGCGACUUUUGCGUCUCCUCCUUCUCAGAGUCGCAGAACAUACCCGUUCCAUUUGUCGACGGCGAUCUCGACCAGCGGCCGUGGAACUGGCCAAACAAGGAGAAUCCGCCGCAGCCCAACUAUCUAUCGCGCAUCUUCCAUGCGACCUGCCAGCUGUUGCAAAUUGCAAGGCGCAUCAUGAGCAUUGUGAGCAACUUCUCCCACCUGGGGGUUCGCCAGAACGCCAACGAGAUUCUCAUUAGCUCGAUGGACGUCGAGCUGGACUCCUGGAUGUCACAGAUGAAGGAGGAGAUCUCCAUCCCCCCGUCGGCACUCAGCAGAGCGAUGCCGCAUCAGCUCAUGCUACACAUGACAUACCACUGGCUCAUCAUCAUCUUGCAUCGGCCCUUUUAUCGUCAGAAGCAGGUCGGCGUAGAAAGAGAAAUAGAUCACAUUCGGCGCUGCAACAAGGCCGCAAACGAAGUCAUGAAGCUCGCCGACACGUGGCGCAACUCCUACACCCUCCGCUACGUCCCAAUCACGUUCAUCCAGGUCGUCUCCGCAGCCUGCACGAUCUUUAUCUUGUCUGCGGUGCAUGCCACGUCUGGCCAGCGCCUGGCAAAGGUGCAGCUUGACCAGGCCAAGAGGGAUACGCAACAGGCCGUGAGGUACCUCAACGAGAUCGGGGAGUCAUUCGCGGGUGCACGCACCAUCGCGCACAUAUUGGGCGGCGUCUUCGAGGAAAAGGUAAAAUCGAGGCUCGCGCGCCAUGCAAAGGCACCGAGGAGCGCCUCGGAGCCCAGGUCUUCCGAAGCUGUCGACGCGAAUUACCCUGUUCCCCAAGUGAUGCCGAGCGGCGAAAUGCCCUACCAGCCCAUGCCCGAUCCACCAACGUAUUAUAACCCAUCGAUGUCCAACGCAGUGACGUCCAUAGACGUGCAGCAAACCCAGUGUUUUCCCCCCUAUCCCUACUAUAACCCGCCAGUGAACGUGUUUGAACAGAGCACUGACAUCAACUACCUUUUCGAUCCGCAAAAUCCAUUGUUUUAUCCGACUUACUGCACGACAGGGAUGAGGUACUGAUUUGGCUUGCUUGUACUUAUAGUCUGGUAAUGUAGGUUAGCUUCGUGUGACUCUCAGAUAUGAUUGAUUACGGUACCGCGUCUCUAUGCGUGUUAUUUGUUUUGUCUUGUAUCACCUUUUGGAAUGAACGAGGAUGCCGAGCCGACAAACAAUCAAACGAAUACUAAAACCC